UUCAUUUACACGGAAACAGCAACCUAAAGGGAGUUACCUCUGCUCCUACACAAACAAAGAGCUCAGACACAUGACAGCAACAGACGAACGCAGCAUGUUGAAGACGGGAAGAAUCACGAGCUGCUGUGUGGCUCUCCUCCUGACCCUCACCUCUGUGUUAGCUGGAAAACGGGCACUGAAUUCAAUCAGUGAUCUAAAGUCAAUCGACUUUGGACAAACGGUGCCCAAACACAGCCUCCUGUUGCUCCACUGGUUUGCUAAUGAAAUUGACAUCGACAACAACAACAUCAUCCUGCUGACCUUUGACCCAAAUAGUGGAGAAUUUGGCUCACAUCAUUACGGAAACUACGAGAGGGUGUUAGAUCCACUGCCGAGGGGAUACCGAUACUACACGGUUGGCAACAUCAAUCAACAAACAUCGCUGCCACUGCCAUAUUAUGUCAUCCACCCACGGGCGGAGUACCCAGCGAGAAACAGGGACAGGAUCAUAUUCAGGGUCAGGGAGCAGAACGCAGGACGCCAAACUUCACAAAGGAUCGAUCAAGUGUAUAUGACACAGCAUUAUGAGCCAUCUGAAAAUCAGGGCACGAGGUAUAAUCCAGAGCAUACAUAUCAAGUCACAACCAAUCUGCUGACGGAGAUCAGAGAGUUUUCUGUGGAAGAAAAUGACAUGAGCUCACUGACGUAUCUCAGAGACCGCUUUGGAAGCAGUGCUGAUGAUUCCCAACUAUGGCAGAUAAGAAACACGUGGGGUGACCUUGCUUGUCUUGGGCUGUUUUUGUUUAUUGUGAUCCAGGAGAAAUAUUCCACUCACAAACGCAACAACAGACGUCAGCCAGCACCAAGAAGGAACACACAAACUGAUUUUGUGAUCAAUAUCCCAGAAAGCAGGCAUAAUAAUCCCGUUGGAAUAUUUGCACAAAUUCAAGUGGAUCAUAGCGAUGAGAUAACACUGAAGGUGACAACUGGCAAAAAGGGAAAUGCCAGAAUUAUUUGGAGCGAUGUUCCUAGAUAUCUUCUUAAAGAAGGUGUGAUGGUGGCACUUUACAAGAAUGAUCAGGAAGAGGACGCUCUCACUUAUAAAUCUAUUGGGAACAGAGAGUCGGGCAGUUAUGAUACAUCGGUACCCCUGAAUGAAGGCCUUCAGGUACGACUGCAUGAAGCCAGGACUCUAUGUUGCUUCUGGAGAUCUUUAGGAGACGAGAUAGACAGAGGCAGUGAGUUUAAAAACCCCAAAGCUGUGAAUAUACCGGGUUAUGAUGCUAACCUGCAACUCUUUGCAAAAGAUGGCAAGGCUUGUGCUCGCUUAAUAGUGAAUGAGUCUUUCCACAACUGGAAGUCCGAAUUUAAAAACGCGUGGGUAGGCUUCUAUAGCUCUGAAAAUACAGCCACAAAAAACUACGAAUGGUGGCAAUGGCAGUGGGCAACAAAAUUCAAAGAAAACACUGAUUUUCAGGACAUGUUUUAUGAUGUGUAUGAGUACGAGUCAGGCAUGACAAUCGCCCCAGGAGUGCAAGCACGCUUCAUUAUGCAUGAUGAAAUAGAGAAAGCAAGAACCUCACCCUGGGGGGAAUAAAGAUAUUGAAACAAAAUUUAAGAUAGAAAUAUUAAAUUAACCUGUACAUAUGCCCUUUCAAAUAAUGGCUGAAUGACUUUUAUUAAAUAAAAAAAAAAGCAAAAUAGGAUACGAGAACAGUUCUGUCCAUACUGUAUAUUUAAAAGUUGAUUUUUUGUUAAGACAAUCAUAUAGUAGUAGAUGUAAAGGUAUUUCAGGUCCUUUAUCUCUAUGUUGUCUUCUGCUGAAAACAGACAUGAGCCUGUAAAUGAGCCUGCAUUGCAGAGAUACUGGUACUAAUGUGCUGUACUUCAUGUGGUCAGACGUUUUUGUACAGCAGUGAUGAACUGGGUUUGAGUCAAUCAGAAACAAUGUAUUCAGCAGCCCAUAAUCACAGAGCACUGUUAAAUGUCCAUUUAUGGAAAAAAGAAGAAAUCCAUGAGAUCGGUGUUAAGAUUUCUAUGGGGAAUUUUUUACAUGUAUAUAAAGAGAUUAAUGUGACUGAUUUUUAUUUUUUUUAACCUUAUGGAAAACAGGUACAAUGGCUUCUGUGUGUCUCCAAAAAGUUUGCAGGCGUGUGCGACAUUUUGCCUCUACAUUUUGAAUUUAUUCUGUGUUUGUAUUAUUUUUUCUUCCCUUUUCGAAAAUGUUUUUUUUGUAAAGACUGAUUUCAACUCUGUAUGACAUGCUUAUGUUGAUGACCCCUUUACAGCAAUGUGGCAUUAAGAUUUGACUCUUAAGGGUUCAGGCUAAAAUCCUGCAGACCUCGCCUUUACGGAUACAUGCCGCAGAAAAGGACUGGACUGGAUAUCACCUGUUGGGAUUAAAGGUCCUCAUGUGUAAAUGCAUUUUUUAAUAACUGUACAAAGUCUUCUGUAACGGCCUUAUCAUUCAUGAUAAAGUGCUGCUCUGCAAAGGCUUUUCAAUGCUCCAGCAUAUCUAGUCAAACGAGACGCACGCUGUCUCAGCUGUUUGCACAAGAUUGCAACAAUAUGAAUUGCCUGGAUGAAUAAAUGUCAUGUGUGUUAAGCUGUAAGUGGUAUAUGGGUCUAAAGUGUAAUGACGAACAUCCUGUGAAAAAGACUGAAAAAUUGUGUUUGUUAAACAUUUCAUCAGUGACAUUAAGGUUUUUUUUCUAAAAGUUAGAUGUGCAUAAUUACAGAGACAGGUGUUUCUCCUUUUUCAAAUCACAAGACGUUUUUUUGGGGUCAGGGAUAAAUCAUUUCCAUCCCUUGUGACAUGCACAAGUCGUCGUUUCUAGCCAAGUCCCAGGCAGAACUAUCAAAAGGCCUUUAUGCUCGUGUGAAAGAGAUAAAUACUGUUUUAAUGCGGUGAAAAGAGGAUAGCACUCAGAGGGCCAGCACAAGACCCAAAAGAUCAUAAGAUAAUGACUCAUCAUUAAAAGUGAUGCAGGCUCAGCUUUGCGAAAAUAGUAGUACAAAGAACUCUCUAGUGAAGAGACCAGAGCCAAGUUUUAAUGACAAGCAGACACUUAUUUGUUCCAUCUCUAAAAGUCUGAAAGCUGACACAUUUGAUCAUCUACUUCCACCAUUUUGUAAGAAGAAAGCAGAAGAGCAUCAACUGGCUGAAAAUAUCUCACUUCUGCUAUGACUUGGGGUGAUUCAGAUUAAGAAGAAUCAGUAAUCGAUUAAUGACAUUUGCAGAAAUUUUUAACAUAAUCCAUGCACAUUUGUUAAUUUAGUUUUGCUAACAACAUUAACUGGUUUAAUUUUUGUAAAUGAAAUUAUGAAAAUUCAAAUGUUUAUAUAAAACAUGUACAACACACACACACGCACACACACAAGCAACAAAACAACAGAAAAACCACCCAAUAUCCAAAAAUAAAGCUGCUGUGGAUUCACUUUCAUACUUCAGCUUUGUACAUCCUUUCAAUCACAUUACAUAAAACUAAUCACACAAUAAAGAAAAAGCUGCAUAAUGUGUCAUUACUGUCCUAAAUUCACGUCCUAGUGCAUGAAGUUCACAGUCAAUUACUAUGUUAAAUAUUCUUCAAACGACCUUAAAAAUCAGCAAAUAGAGCUCACUGUAUAAAAGGUUUUUUGUUCCCUUCCUGUUUUCCUUUGCUAACCAACACGUAAUGGACUUUUUCAGUUUCAAGCAAG